CGGAGGGGCGCCCCCGGCCUGCUGCCGAGAUGGUCAACGAGCGCUGGAAGAACGUCGGGGGCGCCGCGCAACUUGAGGACGGCCCGCAGGAGAAAGCCCAGAGAAUGAGCUGCGGCUACAUUCUGUGCACCGUCCUGCUGUCUGUGGCCGUCCUCUUGGCUGUGACCGUCACAGGUGCGAUCCUCUUCAUGAACCAGUACCACACGCCCGUCACAGAAUCCCCUCCUGUCAUCAGCACGAAUCCUGACGAGGCCAAUGCCCUGGUGACCAUCGAGAAAGCCGACAGCUCUCGCAUCAACAUAUUCAUCGACCCCAAUUGCCCGGAUCAAGUCAAUGGCCUGACCCGGCUGGAAGGCCUCCAAUCUUCUCUCCUGAAGGCGGUGACCGACCACGAUGCUGAAACAAAGUCCUCCAAGGGGCAGGAGAGGGCCUUGUUGGUCGGUUUGGCGGACGAGGUGUCCAAGUUGCUGACCCACGCCACUCAGUUACGAGCCGACUGUGACAGCCUGAAGAAGGGGCACAGCGUGAUGGGGCAGGAGCUCAACACCCUCCAGAAUGAGCAAGGUCGCCUCAUACAGCUGCUUUCGGAGAGCCAGGCCAACAUGGCCAGACUGGUCAGCUCUGUCAGUGACAUCCUGGACGCCUUGCAGAAGGACCGCAGCGUCAUCCGGCCUCGCCUCAAGGCCGAUCUCCAAAAAGCCCCAACCAGAAGUGCUCGGCCCAAGGGAUGUGCCAACGGCUCCCGGCCCCGGGACUGCUUUGACAUCUAUGCGAGCGGACAACAAGAAGAUGGCGUCUAUUCUGUCUUCCCUACUCACUACCCCGAAGGCUUCCAGGUCUACUGUGACAUGACGACAGACGGCGGAGGGUGGACGGUCUUCCAGCGGCGUGAGGAUGGCUCUGUGAAUUUUUUCCGUGGAUGGGAAGCUUAUCGGGAUGGAUUUGGGAAGCUCACCGGAGAGCACUGGCUAGGGCUGAAGCGGAUCCACGCCUUGACCACUCAGGCCAGCUGCGAGCUCCGCAUAGACCUGGAAGACUUUGACAAUGGCACCGCUUAUGCCCAUUAUGGGGCCUUUUCUGUCGGUCUGUUCUCAGUCGACCCCGAGGAAGACGGUUACCCUAUCAAUGUUGCUGACUACUCGGGGACUGCAGGUGACUCCUUCCUGAAGCACAAUGGCAUGAAAUUCACCACCAAAGACCUGGACAAUGACCACUCGGAGAACAACUGCGCGGCCUUCUACCACGGGGCCUGGUGGUAUCGCAACUGCCACACCUCCAACCUGAACGGGCAGUACCUCAAGGGUCACCACAGCUCCUACGCAGAUGGCAUUGAGUGGUCCUCAUGGACAGGCUGGCAGUACUCCCUCAAGUUUACUGAAAUGAAGAUCCGGCCUCUCCGAGAUGAAAAUUAAGCCCCCUCGACCCACCUCUUCUCUACCCCACCCACCCCCGCCCCCUGUAGCUCAGUGGUGUUUUGUCUGAGUCGGGGGUGGCAGGAACUAAACAG